AUCAUUGAAAACCAAAUUGGGUGAAACACGAAAGCUAACUGUACCAUAUUGUACAACACCGCACUGCACUGUACAUAUCAGAUUAUCUAUCACUCAUCUCUCAGCUUAUCUCUCUCCCUCAUGUGUUUUCUGCCCUCCGACCACCGCCGUCGCCACUAACUCCCGCCAUGCGCUUCCACCGCCGUCUCCUCCCCUUCUACUGCUCCUCCCCCGCCCUCCUCCUCUUCCUCUUCGUUCCCACCUAAUCACUUUCCCCAAAAAUUGAUGGACAUCGAUGCCGCGAUCGCUCUCCUCACAGACGAUCUCCUUUUGAAGGUCGUCUCCUUUUUAACCGAUGGCUCCGAUCGCAAAUCGUUUCGCGCCACCUGCAAGUCCUUCUACCGGAUCGACUCGCUCCACCGGACGCAUCUCCGGCUACUCCGCCCUGAGUUCCUGGCGUCGCUGCUCUCUAAGUUGCCUCGGAUUGUCUCGCUGGACUUCUCGGUUUGCCCGCGGAUAGAUGAUGUCUCCGUUCCUUUUAUUGUUUCAUCAUCCCGCCCGAUCUGGACCAGGAUCAAGCGCCUGACGCUGAGCCGGUGCACCGGGUUGAGGCACCAUGGGCUGGAGGCGCUAAUGAGGAGCUGCUCGAGCAUAGAGAGUGUUGACGUUUCGCAUUGUUGUGGAUUCGGCGAUCUAGAGGCUUCGGCGCUCUCGUGCGCCGCGGGGUUGAGGGAGGUGAAUUUGGACAAAUGUUUGAACAUCAGCGAUGUUGGACUGGCUAAGAUAGUUAUCGGAUGUCCUAAUCUCGAGAAACUUAGCGUCAAGUGGUGCUUUGACAUAACCAAUCUCGGUGUUCAGCUCCUUUCCAAAAAAAGCACAGGAUUGAAACACCUUGACAUCUCAUACUUAAAGGUUACCAGCGAUUCAUUGCGCUGGAUUAGUGGAAUGGAGAGACUUGAAAUACUGAAGAUGGUGGGCUGCGGAUUGGUGGAUGACAUGGGCUUGGAAUACAUUGGGAAAGGAUGCCCUUCCCUUAAGGUACUGGAUGUAUCGAGAUGUGACCGAUUGAGUACAUCGGCAUUGGGAUCAAUAAUCAAAGGGCAUUGCUGUCUGUUGCAGCUUCAUGCUAGCUACUGUUUUUCUGACCUUCGCCUGGCCAUUAGUAAUCAAUUUAUGGACCUAAAGAAGCUCAAUGUACUUAGAAUUGAUGGUGCACGUGUUUCAGACUCGACACUUGGAAUUAUUAGCAAAACUUGCAGGUUUUUGUCUGAAAUUGGGCUGAGCAAAUGCAGGGUUACCGACGCAGGCAUUGUACAGCUUGUUAAUGGUUGUACUAAUCUGAAGGUACUCAAUUUAACAUGCUGCAGUGACCUCACUGAUGAUGCAAUUUUUGCCGUAGCAAAUUAUUGUCAAGGUCUCCUAUGCCUUCAGUUAGAGUGUUGCAACUUGCUCACUGAAAGGAGCCUUGAUUAUCUUGCUUCUCGAUGCUUCUUGCUCAAGGAAAUUGAUCUUACAGAUUGUUCGGGAGUUAAUGACAUAGGAUUGAAAUAUCUAUCCAAGUGUACGGAGUUGAAAUCCUUGAAACUUGGAUUAUGUAUGAACAUUACGGACAAGGGAUUGUCCUACAUUGCUUCUAACUGUUUCGAGAUUCGAGAGAUGGAUGUAUACAGGUGUGCGGGUAUAGGUGAUGAUGGCAUAGCUGCUUUAUCACAUGGCUGCAAAAAAUUACAGAAGUUAAUCUUAUCCUACUGCAGUAGGAUUACUGACAGAGGGAUCGAAUGCUUGAGUUCUCUAAAGGAGCUAUCAGACCUGGAGAUGCGAUGCCUUAAAAAUGUUACUGGUAUCGGCUUGAGAAAACUUGCAACUGGAUGCAGGAGACUAGCAGAAUUGGAUCUAAAAAAUUGUGGGAACAUUGAUGACUCUGGAUUUUGGGCUUUGGCUUACUAUUCACAGAAUUUGCAACAGAUCAACGUGAGCGGGUCGACAAUUUCGGACGUGGGGUUAUGCAUGGUGAUGGGGAACCUAAUGCGAAUCCAGGAUGCGAAGCUGGUGAACCUUCGAAACGUAUCGGUAGGUGGGUUGGAGCUGGCACUAAGAAUGGGGUGUGCCCGUCUCAACAAGGUUAAACUACUUGCUUCCCUAAGGCUACUGCUUUCUCCUGAAACCAUAUAUGCCUUGGAAUCCCAUGGUUGCAAGAUCAGAUGGGAUUACUGAUCUGAUCAUAAUUUUAUUCUGGAGGGUCAUCUCAUGUUCGUGCUGUUUGUAGAAAUGACAAAGACAACCGAUAUUGACAUUCUCGAUUGCUACCAUCUUGAUUGAUUCA